AUGUGCCAGGCUUGGUGCACACCCCGCACGGCGGCAGCGCCGGGGCACCGAGCGUUCCCCAGAGCCCCGCUACCUCACUCCGCUUCCGCGGCCGCGACGAUGUUCCAGCCCGCGGCUAAGCGGGGUUUCACCAUAGAGUCCUUGGUAGCCAAGGAUGGUGGCACCGGCGGGAGUCCUGGCAGCGGGGGUGCGGGCUCCCAUCCGCUGGCUGUGGCCGCCUCCGAGGAACCACUCAGGCCCACGGCGCUCAACUACCCUCACCCCAGUGCGGCCGAGACGGCCUUCGUGAGUGGCUUCCCCGCGGCUGCGGCUGCGGGCGCCGGCCGCUCGCUCUAUGGAGGGCCGGAGCUGGUGUUCCCAGAGGCCAUGAACCACCCGGCUCUGACAGUGCACCCGGCUCACCAGCUGGGCUCUUCCUCGCUGCAACCUCCUCACUCUUUCUUCAGCGCCCAGCAUCGGGACCCUCUCCACUUCUACCCCUGGGUGCUUCGGAAUCGCUUCUUUGGCCACCGCUUCCAGGCGAGCGACGUUCCCCAGGACGGGCUGCUUUUGCACGGGCCCUUCGCGCGCAAGCCCAAGCGGAUUCGCACGGCCUUCUCGCCCUCGCAGCUGCUGCGGCUGGAGCGAGCCUUUGAGAAGAAUCACUACGUGGUGGGCGCCGAGCGGAAGCAGCUGGCAGGCAGCCUCAGCCUCUCCGAGACGCAGGUGAAGGUGUGGUUCCAGAAUCGGAGGACAAAAUACAAACGGCAGAAGCUGGAGGAGGAAGGGCCGGAGUCUGAGCAGAAGAAGAAGGGUUCCCACCAUAUCAACCGGUGGCGCAUCGCCACGAAGCAGGCCAACGGGGAGGACAUUGAUGUCACCUCCAAUGACUAG